CUCUAUCGCCCGCCGUCGAUCAUCAGUCGUCAAUCCCCAAAAAGCCAAGCCAGCGCUGGCCUACAUGCGCUGAGCUGAGCUGCAUCUCUUUUGUAGCCCUCGGAUAAUCCCUCCCCCUCUCCCUCCAUCCAUACAGCGUGUGCCCAGCCCACCGCCCAUCCGUCCGCUCGACCCCUCCAUCCAUCCCCGCCGUUACCGCUGCUGCGCCCUCAUCCUCCCAUUCCUUCCACCAGCACCACCGACUACCGCCUCAGCCACUACCGCAAAAAAACCCCAGCGCCUACAUACAUGCCUAUCUGACUCGUACAUUCCCCAACCUACAAAACAAAGAUGACAUCCCCCACCCCAUCACCACGCGCCCCCUUCCCCCCCUCCCCCGACGGCGCGGCCGCGCCGGAGCUGGACCACGCGCCUGCGCUGUCGUCGGCGAAUGCAAGGGCGAGGUUUGAGUUUGAGGCCGGGAGGGGGGCGGAGGGGAGUAAAGUUUUGAUGGUUGAGUGGAGUACACCCCUCAGAGCUUCUGGUAGUGAGGAGGAGGAGAAGGAGGGUAAAGAGGAGGAGGAGGAGGUGUGGGAAGUUAGUUGGGAGGGUAAGGCGAGGGGUGUUGUUUAUGGAAGCGGCAGCGCGACGGUGGAUGAGAGCGAGGCUGCGGCCGGGGAGGUGACGGGGAAGGUAAACACGCAUCGAUUAUACUUCCUCCUCCCACCGCAGACACCGGUUCCGCGACUUGUAAAUAUCUCCCGCCGCGCCGCCCCCGCCUCCGAGGCCCUCCACACAAACCCCCUCCCCGCGAUCUUCCCACCCGAACUCGGGGCCUCAGCACGGACAGCGGGUAGGAAGGGGGUAUUGCAUACGCGGUGGGCGAAGCGGAGGGUAGCGGUGCUUGAGAAGGAGAUUGAGAAGGAGGGGGAGGGUGGGGAGGGCGUGGGCUGGGAGAUGGCUGUUAGAGAGCGGGUGUGGAUUGAGGAGAAUUUUGGGGUUGGGAAAGGUGCGGGGAAGGGGGAGGGAGGGGAUGGGGGUGGGAGUGGGAAUGGGAAUGUCAGUGGGAAGAUGCCGGGGAGUCCGUUGGGGAGAGUCGCGGGGAGGAUGGGGGGGUUGAAACUAGGGACUAGUCCGGGGGAAUUGGAUGUUCAUGCCCCAGAGCCACUCAACCCCCUCUCCCCCGCCCCCUCCGACAUCGCCAUCGCCGCCCCGGCAUUCGCUCUCUUCCACUCCCCCGCGCCCUCCUCCACUCCACAAUCCUCCCAAACCUCCCAAACAACCUUACCCCCACAAACGCGCGCCGCACCAGCGAUAGUAUCACAACUCCCACCCGCCUCCAUCAUCGCACAACAGGCCUCCACAGGGGAUGGGCGACUGAUGAGCUCGCUUGAUGCGUUGGCGGGGGGUGAUACUGCUAGUGCUGGGGGGAGGUGGACGUCUGUGGAGAGUAGCGCGGUGGGUGGAGGUGCGGGUGCGGGUGCGGGGGCUGGGGAGGAUGAGGAGGGAGGGGAUGGAGAGGGGAAGGAUGAGUUAUUCGCUAUUCCACCACGGGAGAGGGGGCCGGAGAUGGCGAGGAGUCCGUUUAGUCUUGUUAGCGAGGAGGUUGUGCCGUGGCGGUGACGUUUGGGGGUUGUUUGAGAGGGUGGAGGAGGGGGAAUGUGCACGCUCGCUAUAUACCCUUUCUGUUGAUUGAUAGUGGUGGUUGUUAACAUAUAGCACACCUGGGUCAAGCCCGGUAAUAUCCCAGCAAUGGUGAACAUAUAGGUUUGAUCAUAUGUUGACUAUUACAAAAUUGAAUAGCUAUAUCACCAUGUUGCUACCCG